CAAACUCUGAGGAGGGAAGAGGGCAGCUAAUUGGGUCUGGAUUGACAAAUGAUUGUGUUUUAACAUGUGUUCACAUCAACAAUGCUUCUCUUGAGUUGCAAUAUAAGGGUUGGGAGCAUUAAACCACAAUCUCUUCACAGUGGUCAUGAUACAGCCAGUACUUCUACUCCUGCUACUGGCAGCCAUGUCCUCACCAGUGUUUGGGACUGAGAUAUCAGUACUAGACGGAACCUCUGUUACCCUUGUCUGCACAUACCUAGGGGAUAAAACGUUUGAGACAUCCUGGGGCAGAUAUUGUGGAUUAUUUCAGUUUACUGAUCCCAUAAUGGAAGAUAAAUCCAAAUAUAAAAUUAACGCUGAAGUUGGAACAGUGAAUCUCACCAUUUUAAAGCUACAGCCGACAGACCGUGGGAGCUACUGCUGCAGAGUCUAUGUCCCUGGAUGGUUCAAUGACCUUAAACAAUUCUACAGCCUGAGGGUAGUCAAAGGUUGUGUGAGGGACCUACUGGACGAAGUCCAUUUUCUGGGGAACAAUAUUGCGAAUCAGCCAUUUACAACCGAAAAUGCAAGUCAGUGCAGGCAGGAAUGCACCAAAAAUGACAUAUGCCAGUACUUCACAUUUGUUGAUGAAAACGCAGGAAUAAUAGUCCACAGGUACAGAAACAAAUGUUUCCUGAAGGCCUCAACUGGUCAUACGCCUGAAAUUACAAUACAGCACCUCCAACAUGCAACCUCAGGCUACUCUCUGAGAAACUGCAGUGGUAAAGUCACCUACUCAGCCAAAAAGUACAGCCUCGUCCCUGAGAAGAAAAACUGGACCGAAGCACAAGAAUACUGCAGACAACACUACACAAACCUUGCCAUCAUACACACAGAAGAGGAUUGGAAGGCAAUUCAAACCUCUUUGGGUAAUUUCAGUGGUGAUGUGUGGAUUGGGCUCCAUAUGUCUGGUCCAACUGAAAAGUGGAAGUGGUCUGAUGGAGAGGACUUCAUGUUCUUUAACUGGGAAAAAGGUUUUGGUGUCUACACUGAGGGUCAUGACUGUGUCUUGUCUAUUUCAUCUCAUUGGCAACCAGUGAAUUGUGCAGCUCAAAGACAGUAUAUGUGUCAACGAGUUCGUCAUGGUAAUGGAACAACAGAGAAGGUGUAUGAGCUGAUGCCUGGGACAACGAUGUGGCAGGAUGCUGUGACAGACUGCAGGACAAUAAAAGGCAGAGAACUGGCGAGUAUCUGUAACCAGAAAGAACAGGAAGCCUUUGAUGAGUUGACUACAGUGGCCACCUGGAUUGGACUUAAGCACAACAAUAAACGAUGGGAAUGGUCAAACAGAGAACCAUUUCCAGAAAGCGAACCUACCUGGGUAGGUAGAAACUGUCAACAGCUGAACUCAGACAGAAAAUGUACUCCAAAAGAUUGCUCUAAUCAAAGUGCUUUCUUUUGCUAUGGAGACGAACGUCCACUUAACACCACUGGGGAUACGACCACUCCUGUUACCCCUGAAACCACCAGCCCUACUUCAACUGGACCUCCCUCUAUCAAGACGUCCACCACAACAACUAACACUUUACUACCUACUACUAUUAAUGGACAGUCCAAUACCUCACCACCUACCACCACUAAUGGACAGUCCAACACCUCACCAACUACCACUACUAUUGGACAGUCCACCACCUCAACUUCCAGUGGACAACUGACCUCAUUAGGUCCCACCUCCCCAGACAGGAAGUCCACAUCCUCCCUCAGUAGUACAACUUCUCCACUCCAUCCUGAUUACCUGCACUACUUCAACGAGUCCAAGAGCUGGAUCAAUGCCCUGGAGUUCUGUAAAAGUCGUGGCUCCAACCUGGUGCACAUCACCAACCAGACUGUGCAGACUGACUUGACCCAGCUCCUGGCCAAUGUGGAGCUGCCAUGUGGGGGAGUGUGGAUUGGUCUGGAGCGGUCCAUCUUUGAGUGGAGCGCCCCCUGGCUGUGGACCAGUGGUGAUGUUGAUAAGGUGGUGAAGUACAGAGAGUGGCACAACUGCUUCCCCCUCAACCCCAUGAAUUACCACUGUGGUAAGAUGGUCCGGGUUGGUAACAGAGAACUGAAGUGGCUGGAUGCUUCCUGUCAUCAGGAAUUACCCUUCAUCUGUCAAGAUCUCCACUAGAGGGCUCUCCAUGUCAUUAUGGACAGUCUGCAGACAGACCACACUGAUAUGCCAGAGAGACUACCACACUCAUGAUCUGGAAGGAACCUGCAUUUCAAUUCAUUAUAUUAUUACACUACGAUUAUUCAUAUUAUUACUACAUUAAUUUAUUAUUAUAAUCUCUAUUACAUGAUAUUGCUUAAUGAUACUCUACUUACAUAUACAAACUUAUAAGCAUUGUUAUUUGACUGUAAUGUACUGUAAUACUUUAACUAUUUAAAAACAGAGUAAAGAAAGGUAAAGUAAAAGUUAUUAACUGAAAAUAUUGUAUAACUCCUGUGUGAUCUGUACUGUUUGAGAACAUGAUUUAGUUAGAAUGUAAUAGUUAUUUUUGUACUUUCUGCAUAAACAUCCAUUUAGCAUUU